ACUGUAUGACAUUUUCCGUGCAGAUUUUCCCGUUGAUCUCGUGAAGCGUUUGAAAACCAAAUAUACGUGUGAAAUCGUGAUGGCAUAUCGUUGCAAAACCGGUCUUUCCAGUAGCAAAGAUAUGAAAACUGUGAUUGAAGCCAAGUGUCGGGAGAUUCUCGUUGCGACCUUGGCGGAGGACGAAAACCGAAACUGUUUCGACUGUUUGGCGAAAGGCCCGCGUUGGGCCUCGUGGAAUUUGGGCGUUUUUCUCUGCAUUCGAUGUGCUGGAUUGCACCGAAAAAUGGGAGUGCACAUCUCCAAGAUCAAGUCCGUGGACUUGGAUUCAUGGACCCCCGAUCAGGUGUCCUGCGUGCAACAGAUGGGGAACCGUCGUGGAAGGGCUUGUUAUGAAGCCAAGCUAGAGUUCAAUUGCCCUCGACCGCAAGCGGAAGGGCCCUUGGAGUUGUUUAUUCGUGAGAAGUACGAAGGCUUGCGUUAUGCAAAAGAUGGGUUUCAGCUUCCGAAGGCCGCGGAGAGAAUUGAAUGGCUGGAGGAAAUUUUGGCCGAAAGAUCCGGUCACCGGCGGAAGCCGAACGCCGGACGUGACGCAUUCCCAAUGCUCGCGAAACCUCCGGGUUUCACCGGCAUCAGUGUUCCAAUGCCUAAGAAUGAUGUUCAGCAGUUUGCGGUUUCUCAACCGGAUCUUUUCGAAGUGGAUCCGAGUCCAAGUCCUCUCAGUGCAAAUACAAAAGAAGAAGGAAAACAAGACUUGGCGACUUUGUUGGGUGGUGAUUUGGUCCCAAAUCCUGGCCAGUCCAAAGAAUCCAUCAUGGCUCUGUUCGGAAAUUUCCAGUCGGGAUCCACUAAUUGUCAGCAGAAUUUUUUCGGGAACUAAUUUACUCAAAGUUCCGUUUGUUCAAUUCUUUUCGUUCAAGUUUGAUUUUACAUUUUCGAAGGGCAGGGGUGGUUUCGUUUGACAUUGGGUAAUUCUGGAACCUUCUGUUGGUGGUGUUUCGUGGAAAGUAUUAUAUUUGCUACGUGAUUUUUUUUUUGCCGUGGCAAUUUAAAAUGGUGGACGUGCUGCUCAGCUAAUCGACUGCUUGUUUUGCUGCUCCGUUAUGUGAUGCUAACGAUCCGGAGAGCUGUAAAAAAACUGUACAAGGAACCUGUGAAUAGCGUCAGUAUCUUCGCGAAGUGAUAGCAAAUUAAUCAUCGCUUCUUAUAUAGUUCGGGAAGGAGAUGAGAGGUUUGCAGAAGAUUACGCACAGGAGCUUAAAAAAUGUGAGCUCUUUAUGGAAGCGCAUUCCGAUUUAUGAAAAUUCGAAAUGAAUAUAUUCCGGUGUUGUUCCUUGAUGAAGGAAUGGUAUUCUACGGAGCCAAAGAUUUUUUGUGAAGGAAACUGUGGGUUCAUUUUCGCAUG